AUGCCAGCCGAAGCGCAAAAAGAGGAUGGCUUAUUGGAUCUUUCACAAACGCCAGACAAUCUUGUGACGAUUGCCCAAGACAACAGUGUGAAGUCGCCACUCCUGCGACUACCAGCCGAACUCCGCACAAAGAUAUGGCAUUACGCACUCGGCGGUAUAACCGUGUAUCCCAACCUCAAACGAUUGAGAUAUCGCAAAUACGGCUCUGCAUCAACGGGUCUCUUCAAAAGCAAUCUAGGGCAGCUCAGCCUUCCUCGCACCUGCCGACAAAUCUACUCCGAGGCUGCUCUGAUCUUCUACCACGAGAACACUUUUGCUUUCCACGACUACAAAGCCUUCAAGCGUUUUCGAGAUCGAAUCCGAAAUGCCCACUUCGCGAUGAUACGAUCCAUUUCCGUGAGGACCAUUGGCGCUCUUCUGACGUUUCAAAAAGAACUCAUGGAGGCUGACAGGUCUCAAGCCUCCUAUCAAUACUCCGAAAAUCUCAAGGAAGAGUUUCUAAACUACUACGAUCCUAUGGAACAGGAUCUGCGAUGGAUCAUACGACUGAACUCGAUGGCUUCAUGCGGAAACAACAAAGAGAUCACUGUACACGCUUGGGUGAUGAAGAAAAUCGAGAGCGAAACGAUUAGGGAGGACAUGGCGGCUCAAGAUUAG